CAACAGCCUCUCUUCUCCGUCCUCACCUGAAUGCCCGUGAACAUCCCCUUCUGAAGGGGUGAGGGGUUACUCCUCCCAGAUUGAGUGCUGUACAACUCCAUUCAAAUCUGCGGGAUCCCAAGAUCGAUCACGAUUGACAUCAUGGAACCAAUAUCGAUCAUUAGCACCACAUCCUCCGCCUCGCAACCUCGCCAAAUCGACUCUCCUAGACCAAUGACUCCCGCAAGCCCAAUGAUCGAAGCAACCACCGCGUUCGACCCGCCUCUGAAGCUGAAAGGCCGUCACAGGUUUUUCCAAGGACUACAGCGCAUGUCUUCCUCCCCAUCCCUUGCUAAAUUGGGUCGGACGAGGUCGAGUGAGAAGGUCUACAAGUCCGGCCAGAAAACCUCCAUCUCCUGCGUUUCCCUCAACUCUCCAGUGUCAACCUACUCCUUGUCUCCGCCGAACUCGUAUAGUUCUCAUCUUUCCAAUGGCUUCUCCACAGCACCGACCACCCCCGGGACUCCCGGUAGCCAACAGUCCUACUUCGAAGCAAACUCCCGCCUGCGAGCGCUCGAUCCCAACGAUGUGACGACAGUCUCCAUCCCUCUCGAUGUUCGUACCUCCAAGCCUCUCUCCACGCCGCUCCCCGAGAUCUCUGAAAAGCCGUUCCCACGACGGCCCGACUUCAAUUUCUGGAAAGAUCUGCCUCGCGAGCUUAGGAUACAAGUUCUAAGCUUUCUAUCGCCGAAGGAAGUGAUCAGAAUCUCUUCAGUCUCAAAAGAUUGGCAUGAUAUGUGUUUUGAUGGGCAGUUAUGGACGAGCCUUGAUUGUCAGACAUACUAUCAACAGAUAACAUCCGAAGCCCUGGUAAAGAUCAUGCUCAAGGCCGGAGCCUUUGUCAAAACCCUCAAUCUGCGAGGCUGCGUUCAGCUGCGAGACCAAUGGCUGAGCUUGGGUACGAGAAUGACAAAUCAAGAGUGCAGGAACUUGGAAACCUUCAGCAUCGAGGGCUGCAAGAUCGAGCGGUCGUCUAUCCAUUUCUUCUUGCUGAGAAAUCCGAGACUAUUGCAUAUCAACAUGCCCAGCAUGCAGAACAUCAACAAUGCGACCAUGAAAAUCAUUGCCUGCCACUGCCCACAACUCGAGUUGCUCAACAUUGACUGGUGCUCUCAGAUCGACACGAAAGGUCUGAAGAAAGUCAUUCAAUCAUGUCCGAAUUUGAGCGAUCUCCGGGCGUCCGAAGUAAGAGGUCUGGACGAAAACGACUUCAUGCUCGAGAUCUUUCAACGUAACACCCUUGAGAGACUCAUCCUGCAACAUUGUGAGAGCCUGACCGACGAAGCUCUGCAGAUAAUGGUCCAUGGCAUUGAUCCCGAGCGAGACGUGUUAACUGACCGCCCGUUGGUGCCACCACGGAGGUUAAGACACCUGGAUAUCUCAAGGUGCCGAAGUCUCACGGAUGAGGGUGUCAGCUCCCUUGCCUACAAUGUUCCGUACCUCGAGGGCCUUCGUUUGUGCCAGAACACGGCGUUGACCGAUGAUGCCUUGGAGGAUCUUCUACAGUCGACCAAUCGCCUAAAUCAUCUUGAGGUGGAAGAGGUCGAACAACUCACGAAUGCGACCCUUAUCAGUCUGUCCAAGUCACCAGCGGCAAAGUCCCUGGAACACUUGAGCAUUUCUUACUGUGAGCAGAUGGGCGAUAUUGGAGUUCUGCCACUGCUCAAGGCUUGUCCGGAGAUCAAGUCCAUGUGUCUCGAUAAUACCAGGAUCUCGGACUUGGUGCUCAUGGAAGCCUCUGAGCAAGUUCGCAAACGUGGCAGUACCAUCAAGAAGUCCCAUAUCCCGAAGAAAGGUCUGGAGUUGGUGGCUUUCGAUUGUGCGAAUGUUACCUGGGCUGGCGUGCGUGAGGUUCUGCAAGGCAAUGGCCGUGUGAUGCAAGGGCGCAAGAAAUCAGUGGUACAAACUCAGGCGGUGGGCUUUGAUGGCGAGGAGAAGAAGACCAGGAAGGUGGUCGAGGUUCAGGAGUUGCUGUAUCCUGCUCAGAUCAUCCACCUCAAAGCGUUUUAUGGCUGGCAGCAGACUGUGGAAGAACACUACAAGCGAUGCGUUACCGGUCGGUGGGGCGCGGCAGCUCGCUUGGAAGAGAAAUGGGCGGAGUGGAUGGUCGCCAGUGAAGAGGUGGGCGUUGUUGGCCACGGCUGGAGCUCAAGACGGAGGCGUCGUCGGGCGCGUGAUGCUGAGACCAGAGUGCGAGACGAUGAGGAUGGCGCCGCUCAAGACACUGCGACUGGUGAUGAAGGCAGUGGGCUGGAGUAUGCAGCCGGUCGAGGUCCCCGAACAGGUCGUCGGCGUGCUCGGAGUGGCGGGUGCACGGUGAUGUGAUUGGUAGUAUGUGCUCUGAAGGGGGAUCGGCGUCAGCAUUAUCUUGGGUGUUUCUGUACAUUCAUGUCAGUGGAACUGCUGCAUUGAAGGAUCGGUCUGGAGCAUUUACCGGGGUAUAUACAUGCCGUUUAUGGACUUAUGAAGGAAAUCAUGGAUAUGAAUAUGCAGAUUGGAUUUGAACAUUUUGGGCGGUGGACGACAGCUCGUUCAGCCAAGGUACAGUAUACUCGAUGCUAUACAAUGUUUAUAUGGCUCAAAGGCACGUUGAUGCCACUUACAACACCUAUCUUGGAUAUGCUUUUCUGUCAAACCAUAAUACCGACGGGUGACUUGAUAUUUGU